AGAAACAACUAAAGAAUGUCCCUUAAGUGGUCUGCUUUGGCUGACGAGUAUAUUGAGGGCUCAGUGAACUUUGGAAUCUCCAGAACCGUCAUUACCAGCAAGUGCUGCACCUCCGACCUCUGCAACGCCCAGCCUCCUGCUGAACCGAGUAAAUCUAAUCCCAAUGGUAAAAAGUGCUUCAGCUGUGAUGGUCAAAAGUGCACCGCAACUCUAAACUGCGAGGGGAAUGAGGACCACUGCAUCUCAGCAGCAGUGAACACAGGAGGUGUACAGACUACCGUGAAGGGCUGUGCCUCCAAGCAGAUCUGCUCAAAUACGGCAAAUCCGCAGAUUUCGGGAGCCAUUGGACCAGAAAUUAGCUGCAUGUUCUCUUAACUGUUGGAGUCGCCA